CCUCACCCGGCCCAGCGCCCGCUGGAUCUCGCGAGAUCUCUUCCCGCGCUGCUGUUUCAUUUGGCGCCAGGCCGCGGCCAAUCGUGGUUGUCUCCAAAGCGGGCGCGCGCGCGCGCCGCGGCCGGUGUGGAUCUCAUUUGCAUGCAGGGCGCGCUGCGGGUUGUGGCGUAGAGCCGUUCUCCCGCCCGCUUGCCGGGGUGUGAUUUGCAUCUCAUUUGCAUGCAGCGCGGCGGCGCGGAGCCAUGGCGGCAACGUACCGGCACGGCGGCAGAGCCGGGGCCCAGCGGGGAGGGGAGAAGAAGUGCUCGUGGGCAUCCUACAUGACCAACUCGCCCACCCUCAUCGUGAUGAUCGGGCUGCCAGCCCGGGGGAAGACCUACAUCUCCAAGAAGCUGACUCGCUACCUCAACUGGAUCGGGGUGCCCACCCGAGUGUUCAAUUUAGGGGUGUAUCGCCGGGAAGCUGUCAAGUCCUACAAAUCCUAUGACUUCUUCAGGCAUGAUAACAAGGAAGCGAUGGAGAUCCGCAAACGAUGUGCCUUGGUGGCCCUACAGGAUGUGAAGGCGUAUCUCCUGGAGGAGUGUGGCCAGAUAGCUGUGUUUGAUGCAACCAACACGACUCGAGAAAGACGGGACCUGAUCUUAAAUUUUGCUAAGGAAAAUGCUUUCAAGGUGUUCUUUGUGGAAUCCGUGUGCGACGAUCCGGAGGUCAUUGCUGCCAACAUCCUGGAGGUGAAGGUCUCCAGCCCUGAUUACCCUGAAAGAAACAGGGAGAAUGUGAUGGAUGAUUUCCUGAAGAGGAUCGAGUGCUACAAGGUCACGUACCAACCCCUCGAUCCUGAUGAGUACGACAAAGAUCUUUCCUUCAUUAAAGUGAUCAAUGUGGGACAGCGGUUCCUAGUGAACAGAGUCCAAGAUUACAUCCAGAGCAAAAUCGUCUAUUACCUAAUGAACAUCCACGUGCAGCCACGCACCAUCUACCUCUGCCGGCACGGUGAGAGCGAGUAUAACCUCCUUGGCAAGAUUGGAGGGGACUCUGGGCUGUCGCCACGUGGCAAGCAGUUUGCACAGGCGCUGAAGAAGUUCAUUGAGGAGCAGGAGAUUGUGGAGCUGAAGGUGUGGACCAGCCAGCUGAAACGCACCAUCCAGACUGCUGAGUCUCUGGGGGUCACCUAUGAGCAAUGGAAGAUCCUCAACGAGAUCGAUGCUGGGGUGUGUGAAGAAAUGACUUAUGCAGAGAUCGAAGCCAAAUACCCCGAGGAGUUUGCCUUGAGGGAUCAGGAGAAAUACCUCUAUCGCUAUCCUGGAGGAGAGUCCUACCAGGACUUGGUUCAACGCCUGGAACCUGUAAUUAUGGAGCUGGAGCGGCAGGGCAACGUCCUCGUCAUCUCCCACCAGGCAGUGAUGAGGUGCCUCCUUGCUUACUUCCUGGAUAAGAGUGCAGAUGAGCUGCCCUACCUGCGUUGUCCCCUGCAUGCCAUCCUCAAGCUCACCCCAGUUGCCUACGGUUGUAAAGUGGAGACCAUCACCCUGAAUGUGGAAGCGGUGAACACCCACCGGGACAAACCUUCCCUCAACUCAAGCCGCCUUCCCACAAGCCAGAGCCCAGGCAGGAUGAGGAGGAGCAGCCUGACGCCGCUGGCCAGCACGGCCACAGAGCAGCGCCCGCGGCAUCACAGCGUUGGGAGCGGCCCCACUGACCUGCAGGUUCGAGGUGCAGCUGCUCAGCCCCGGCUGCAGGCCACUGUCCAGCCUCAAGUGGGAAAUGCUUGCCUGUGAGUACCACUGAGAGCAGCUUGUGUGCAUUCUGUUGUGCUUUAAGGCUGGCUGGCCUAGAGGUGUAGGGCUGCAUUUGGACAGCAGGAGCCCAAUGAUGCCACCAGGGAGCACAGUGAGCGGUGCCUUCCUGCAGCCACCCCGUCCUUGUGAGCACUCAGUGUCUGCCAUGGCACUGCACAGAACUCCCUGCGAAGAUUUAUCAGCUGCUUUUAACUUGUGUGUGUGUGUGUGAGCAGCAGGACAUGUGAGCAAGCUGUCCCCAUGCUUUGUGUGUGCUGCUCAAGGCCUCCUCUGUGCCUCUCCCUGCUUGCUGAAUCAAUUGUUCUUUGGAAGAUGUUCUCAUCAGACCCCGUUCCCAGGUUUUAUUCAGUAUUUACCAUCUCUGAGCUCAGAGUUACUCAGUGCAAUGUAACAAGCAGAAGCACUCCAGGUAUUGCUUGUCUUCUAUGGCUGUUGCUUUGAAUCCCCAGACUUGAGCCUCUUGCUUUGCUUUGGGAAGGGUUUGACCCACACAGACAAGGACAUGGAUGUGACCAUUGCAAUCUGGGAGCAGCCAAGCUGCAUUUGGGCUCAAACCCUGCUUUGUCCUUCCACUGCUGCACACCUCACCCUGUUUUCCUUCCUCCUGGGCUUUGUGGAUGCUUUUCUCUUGCAGCAGAAAUUCCUCACUCUGCAUUGCACUGCACCAUUUCCUUCCUGCAUUCCACGCUUCCUAUCCUGUUCCCUUUACCUUAGCCAAAACCUCUCACAAUAAGCAUCUAUGUUGAGAUAGUUUUUGUUGUCUGAAGGUAGUGAGGGGUCUGGGCUGUGGGUGAGGUGACGAGCAGCAAUGGGGCCGUUAUGUGUGUGUGAUAUUAUUUUGCUCAUUAUCUCUUGUACCAGAUUUUAGACCCACAGCACUAUUCUGUACUCACUUAUGAGUAAGCUGUGAACGUUGCUGAUGUAAUGCUGCCUUUUGUGGAGCUGAAGCUGUUGUAGUUCUUAGGGCAGUGGUGGUUCACUCCUUCAGUGCUGGCUGCUUGUUAUUGGGGUGCCCUGCCAAGAGGUGGGGUGAUGACACCCCUGAAUGUUCACUUUUCUCUUAUGAGUUCUUUGCCAAACUCCAUUAUCUCUCACUCCUCAUGUCCCCCUUGAAAUUAGGGCAAGACUAUCAGGUUUGCAGCCCCGAAAUAAGGUGAAGAAAUGGGCAUUUGGGGUUGAGCAGGAGGCUGUUACAGACCUACUCUGUCCAAUGACUCCAGGAUCUGUAACUAUGGGACCUAGGCUGUGUGUAUUAAGUGUGUAAAUCAGUGCCCACCCAUAGAUACAUGAGCUCCAUGCUCUGCCUGUGCUCAGUGGGCUGAGGUUUACCUGUGUUGUAAACACUCCCAGAGCUUUAAUUCUCUCAAGCUGAGAUAAGAGCCACAGCAAAUGCAUCCCAAACCCUUCAGGAUGUGCAGUCUGCUGAAGUUUUGUGUUGAUCUUAAGCAGUUCUGCUUGAGAGGGAUGAAAUUCAGGGGGGUAAAAAAACCUGAGUUUUAUUUCUUUUACUCCUUAGGUUGUUCCCACUGAGCAGUCGUCCUUGUUUUACUGUUUGUUAGAAAUAAGCCAGGGCUUGGAGGGGAAAGGGAAGGGGAAACAAAGAGUUGAAGGAAUAGUUCUAUAGGCUCCAUAGCACAGCAGUGAGCCUCCAACGCACAAACAUGCUGGGAUGGGUUGGCUGCAAGAGGCCACCAGCAGAUGCCUACUGUGAGCUGUUCACGCACAACAUGCUGUAAUAACUAGACACAGUGAUAAGGAGUUAGCUGUAUGCGUGUCAUUGAGGAGCUAAAGGCUGUAAAGAGGCAUAGCUGUUUUAUUUCCCCCUGCCAGAAUUCAUGAGUGUUGGUAGAUGUCAGUUUUUAACUGCUGCUUAAUGUCUGCCCUGCAUUGAUGGGUGGCUGUGGGUUCCUGUGCUUCCCAGCUGUGUGCUGGUGCUGGGACAGCCAUCUGCAGUGGUCAGACCAUCCCUCGAUGCUUUAAGCCAAAGCAUAGCUUCUCCUCCUGCAUCUUAAUACAUGCCUCUGUAAGGCAGAGCAGUGGCAAAUUCAUGGUGACCAUGCAGGUGAAUGGGAGGUGAUGGCACAAGGUGCUGCAUGUCCCAGGUGAGUCUCUGCUUGUGCUGGGUGCCAGGAGCUUCCUUGAAACCACCUGACUGCCCUGGCACUGCUCGUGCAAACAGGCCAGGAUAAAUAAGGGUUGCACAAUUUACCUGAAUUUAGGAUUAACUCUGUAUGACUGCUGGUCAUACAGAGCUGCAGUGUUGGGCUGCAUUCAAAGCACUCCAGUAGCUCACUAAGGGCUGAAUGUCCAGCUGUGGGCUUGCCUGUUUUGUGAGCAUUGCACCAACACCAGAUUUUACUCCUGUAUCUCUUUGAUUUCUAUUUCCAUCCGCUUUUGAUGGUGCUCUGUGCUGGUCUCAGGGCGCUGCUCUGCAUCGCUGCUGCUUGCAAACUGCAUCCUUGUGCUGUGCGUGGGGAGGGUGAUGUUUUGUGUUCCGUGCAGCUCUGCUGUGUUACUGCUUUCUAAUGGUCUUUUUUUUCCCCUAGGUUUUAAAAAGAAAAGCAAUGUAUGCAGAGUUGUGUUGUGUACUCUUUGCACUUAUACGCACAAUUAGCCCGUGAGCGUUGAUUUACAAUAUAGAGAUUUUAAAGAUACAA